AUGUCCACCAUGUCUGCGGCGAGCAUCCAACGACUGCAGCGCCUCUAUCUGCACUUCCGGAAGCACACGCGCAGCCUGUUGGAGGGCGCCUGCAGUCUUGUGGAGCUCAUCGACGAGGACGAUCUCACCAACUGGUACGUUCUGCUGCGCUACGAGGACGAGAACCGGCAGGAGUUCUUCGUAUCGCUGCGGUUGUACUUCUUUGAUGAACUGCAGCGCAUGCCGCUGGUGUUUGUGAUUGCCCCGCGGCUGAUGGCGGCGUUCAUCCACCACGGCGCCAUCUGCUCGCUGGAGCUCAUGUCGCAGCGGUGGGUGGUGGACGCGGAGGGCCUCGCGCUGCUGCUCCGCGCCCUUCACGCCACUCUCAAUCCCUUCACGCACGACAGUCGAGUCACAGUGGAUGAGGCAGGCGGUAACCGACACAACAAUAUUAAUAUUAAUAAUAAUCAGCCACGAGAACAAGAACAACAACAAGAGCCACAGGGGCUUAUCGGGGAUGAUGGGGUGGAUAGUACGAUGGUAGAGAUGGCUACAGUCUCGGCGUACACACGUGAAGAGCACGAAUUGGGUAUUCAGCACAUUCGUCAGUCCCAUCCACAUCUAUUUCGUGGUUAUACAGUAAGACAAUCCCAUGGCAACAACAACAACAACAAGAAUAGUAGUAGUGGUAGUAGUAAUGGUAAUAACAAUAAUAAUAACCAUGAUAAUGAUAAUAAUAGCAAUAACAAUCUUCAAAGUUUACAAGAACAAAAAACGGAAGAUUGUGAGGAAUUAUCACAACGAACUACUACCUCCUUGGAGGAUACUGUAACAACAACAACGAGUUCCUCUCUAAUGUUCUCUGGGGAUAAUGAAAUAAAGGGUGAUUCAAAGACAAGAAAAGUAAUUGUACAUUCUCGUGAAGAAUUGGAGAGACUCUUCACCGAUGGUGGUAACAUUGAGGUUCAGCUAGACGUUCAAAGUGCCUCUACCUCUUCUUCAGUAAAUACUACUAUUGAUGUGGAGGAUAAUAUCAUUACUUGUACACUUCCAUCUGAAAGUGGUAACAAUUCAACGUACACCAUCUCAAUCGUUCCAUUCCAACAGAUAGAAGGUAAUAAUAAUCCUGAUUAUGUGCACACCAAACAAGAAAAAGAAAAUUUAAAUAGUUCAGAAGUAGAAGUAGUGGAAAGUUCCAGUAACGUUGCCUUAGGGGUGGAUAAUUCACAAGUAACUAAUGAUAAAGGUUAUGAAAAAAGUUGUUGUGAUCCAUUUUACCAAAAAAAAAUUAUAUCAAAUGAUAAUAUUGGGUCGGAGUUAAAGUCAUUGCUUACUCUUAACAGUAACAGUAUAGGUGAGGCGCAAGGUUUAGUUCCUUCUCAAGAAGAAAAGGAAUAUGAAGAAGAAAAUAAACAUGAAAAUAAAUGCACUAAUUUGAAACGAGCCCCUUCUAGUAUUCCUUUAAUAUUAACAGGAGUAAGUACAGGAUAUGGAAAUCAAGGAGAUCUUCUUCCAAAUACAAGAAAAUCUCGAGUACCAGAAGCCCCUUGUGUAAUUCCACUUGGUUGUACAUUACGAUUACAAAAUCUCACCAUUUAUGGGGCUAUUACUGUUCUUGGAACACUUGAAAUGCAUGAAUGCACAUUUAUUGGAUAUUUUUCUACUGAAGGAAGGGGUCGUGUACAGUUAUCACAAUGUGAAGUUUAUAUUGAUGUUCCAGAGUCACGACGUGAAGGAAUUCUUAUCCUUGACGUCUCUACAGUUGAAUUACGUGAUCAUACAAAUGUUCAUAGAAAGGAAUACACAUUUGUUUAUGAACAAGAAUCUAUAUUUGUAGGUAAUACAGUUCCAUUUUUAUUACAAGCAUUUAUUCUCGUUUCAAAUAGUGGUUCAUUACGUGUUCAAGGAGGAUGUCAUCUUUCAUCCUAUUGCACAGAGAAAACUAUUUAUGCUGAACAAGAUGCUUCAGUAGAUAUUUCUGAAUGUUCUAUAUUAGCAGGAUGUAGUAGUGCUGUUACAAUUCUUGGUUGUCGUGCAUUCUUUACAAAUACACGUUUCUACGGUAAUGAUAACAUGGAACCACGAAUAUCAGAUAUUAGUCGUCCAACAGGAUUAAAUGUGGAGUUGGGAGGUUUGGUCACUGCAAGAAAUUGUCAAUCGGAGUAUCUUUAUUUUGGAUUUUCCGUUAUUGCGCAUUCCGUAGCACACUUUUACGCUUGUCAUGCAGAACAUGUAGUGAAUGGUUACACAAUUGAUGCCUCUUCUGUAACCAUAGAAAAUAGUUCUGCACGGACAAAUCACGUUGGUGUAUUUGUAUUGAAUAAAGCCAAAUGUAACAUUAGUAACGAUAUAGAUCAUGUCUUAUCAUUUGAGGAACGUUGUUCUUUAUUCUUACAAAUGCGUGGUCGUUCAGAUAAACUGCGUCUACAUGCACAGAUGGGUGAUGAUUCUGGUAACAGUAGAAUUUCUUCCUUUAGUUCUAACAAUCAUUCAUCCAGGAAUGGAAAUAUAAAUACAGGGAAUUAUUGUGAUAUACAAAAAGAAGAAAAAGAAGAAGAUACUCUUAAUAAUAAUAAUAAUAAUAAUAAUAAUAAUAAUAAUAAUAAUAAUAGUAAUAGUGAUAAUAAUGAUCAUGAUGGUAAUGGAAAAGGAGGAGAACUGGUUUCUGAAAAAAUAAAUACUAUAUCUGAAUCAGUUGUAAUACCACCUCUAUCCUUUACAGGAGGACUUUUUAGUUUAGAGGUUCGUGAUGCCUCUAUGGUGGCAAAAGGUAUGGUGUUAACAGAUGCACAAGAUACAUCUAUUUAUAUGUAUGAUCAGGGAUCUCUUACACUUUCAGAAACUAUUGUUUGGUCGAGGCAAACUCCAUCACAGCAACCUUGUGGUUUAAAAGUUGUUAAUAGUAGAGCACAAGUUCAUCGUUGUCUUGUAAUUGAUUAUACCUUUGGUUUUGCAGCUAUACAGGGAUCUAGUGUUCGUUUAGAAGAAUGUAUGGUAGUUGGAGGAACAAAUGGAUUUACUAUUGAUGAUGCACAUUGUGUUAUGCAGAACUGUGGUGCCGAUACCGAACAUGUAGGUGUAUUUUCACUUAAUAAAUCUAUACUACGUAUGGAUAAUUCAAAUGGACCAAAAUGUAUUACAGGUGGACUCCCCUGUGUUUUAAGAGGACGUGUACAUGGAUUAGAGAGUCGUACAAGUGAUACUAUUUGUAUUGGUGUAAUAGUACAACGUGGUCUUGAUAGUGGUUUUACCUGUUAUAAUGGAGGAUGUCUUCGACUUGAAAAGUGUAUUGUAGAUAUGAGUACUCCCACCAACAGUGAUCAUACCAAUGGUGAGAUACUACGACGUCCUCUCUCUUCUUCUGCAGUAGGGCAAUCCUGUUCAACCUCGCUAUCAGGAGUUGUACCUCUUCCUCCUAGUGGUAAUGGCCUUGUCAAUAAUCCAAGUAGUAGUAGUAGUAAUAAUAAUAAUAAUAAUAAUAAUAAUAAUAGUGGUGGUGGUGGUGGUAGUAGUGGUGGUAUCAUCUCUACAACGCGAGAUGAGAAUACCUGUGGAACUGUACCAAUCAAUACUCAAAAAAAUUCUGGUGUUAAGGCAUGGUCAGGAAGUCGAUGUAUUGUUAUUGGAUGUGAAGUAAGGCAUGUAACCUUUGGAUAUGCUGCUAUUGGCCCGGAUACAGAGCUAGAAGCUUCUCAUUGUACUGCAAAACAUAUUGUCAAUGGAUUUACAGUUGAUAGUGCUAAAUGUCGUCUCUCACGUUGUAGUACAAAUAGUAAUCAUGUAGGAGUUUUUGUUCUUAGCCAUGGAACUUGUACAGUACGUCGAGGUAGUUACACAGCUCGAAUGUAUAGCAUUGAAAAUCGUAAUGGUACUGUACAUGUUGAAGGUCAUGUAAAGCUUAGUGGUUUUUCCCGUAUAGGUCUUUACGUAUACGAUGGGGCGAGAUUAGAUACAAUGACCGAUAGUAUGUUAGAUAUUAAAGUUCGUAAAGAUCCUGCUCAACAACAAUUUCCACCUCAAUUAACGCUUACAGGAGCUUCUGCAAGUCCUUCUGGUCUUUUUCCCUCAUGUUUCGCUAUGGAUAGAGGAAAUGCGGUUAUUCAUAAUGCCUACUUUGGCGGAGGUGCACAGUGUGCUGUUAGUUGUGGAGAUGGGGCGAAUGUCUAUCUUCAUCAGUGUACGGCGGAGUUUUGCAAUAUCGCCUUUAACGCCUUAUCCGGAUCACAAAUGUAUUUAUCCGACUGUCGUGCUCAACAUGUACGUCAUCAUUCCCUUAUUGUUCACCGUGGAGGUGUUUCGCGAAUUAGUUGUCAAGCGCCCGUUUCUCCAACAACGGUUCUACAAGGGAAAUUGCAAAUUGAUGGAAAGUGCUAUCUGGAACAUGUAGUAUUACGGCCUAUGCCAGAGGGAGAGAAUGAGUUUCCUUCUCAACAUCAACAUCAACCUUCUCAGCCUAAUCCUCCUCCUCCUGCUGCUCCUACUACUAUUACUACUACUACUACUACUACUAAUAAUAAUAAUAAUAAUGCUAAUAAUGCAGAUUCUUCUCCUUCUGCUGCUGGUGUUUCUUCUUCUGCAAUACCUCGACAAUUAUCUCAACAAGUGCCUUCUUUAUGGUCGUCGUUUUCUUUUUCUACUUUGAACACUUCUCUUCCACCACCACCACCACCGCGGGAUCUUAUUCGAGUUACAGGCAGUGGAACACUUGUGAUGGAUUGGUGUCUUGUGCUUCUAGAGGAUUACCCGCAUGUCGGAGCAAAGCAUGACGAAAAUAAUAAUAAUAAUAAUAAUAAUAAUAAUAAUAAUAAUAAUAUGAUAAAACAACAUGUAAUUGUUGCAGAUGGUAAGAGAGCAUCUGUACAACUACGAAAUGUUUUAUUUCAACAAAUUCAUGUUGUAGGACAAUAUAUGGGAAAGAAUUCUGAUCCUAUCAUACUCUCUAGGGGUAAUACGACAGCCAAAGAUACUUCUCAACAUCACGGCAAUAAAAUUAAUAGAGGAAAAAAAAUAUGGUAUGGUCUUACAUUACAACAAGGAGCUAAAGGAGAGAUUCAAGGAUGUUCAGACAUUACACUUUUCAGUAAUACCUUUUCCUCACUUCAUACAUCGACAGUUGAUAAUUUACAUCAAGUAUUUCCAGUUACAAAUCAACUUUCACCAGUCUCUUUUAUGGAAGGUGAUGAUGGAGUUACUUCUGUACAGAAUAAUGUUUUUGUAGAAGGAAGUAUGUUUACUUCUGAUACUGAUAUGAAGGGAUCUAAUGCCAUUUGUGGAGGUGAUAUCAUUCCAUUAUGUGUACAUGUUGGACGUGGCUGUUUCCUUCUUGCCGAUAAUGCACACCUUCGACAAGUUCUUGGAUUGUAUAGUUCAAGUAUUGAAGCCACACGUUGUUUCUUCGCUGGUGCACAGUCUGUUCAACUCGCUGGAGGCAGUACACUUCGGGCCGUGGAAUGUGUAUUUGUGAGUGCUGUUCAUGGCCCUGCGGUGAGUGCGGAAUAUGCCACUCUCUCUCUUGUAAAGUGCCGCGCCUAUUCUACAUAUAGAGAAGCGAUAAAUGCAAGAUAUGUUACUUUAACUCUUCAGGAUACCGUAUUUACAACGUUUUCAUCUAUGAAUAAGAGAGGUAUCAAAAACAAUAACUCAUCACAGGUUAAUCUGAAUCCAUCAUUCGGGGUAGCCAAGAUGAAAAAGGAAGAGGAAGAAGAAGAAGAGGAAGAAAAAGAAGUGAUAGUAAGAGAAAAAAAUAGUUAUAAAUAUGAGAAGCGAUCAAAUAAAGAUAUGAUGACAUCAAGUGCAGAACGGGGAGAUGUAACAAUGCCAGAAACAGCUGCCCCAACGUGUUCAAUGUUGGAAUCUUCCGUGAUAGAUGGGAGUAGAUUAAUACCGCCCAGAUUUCCAUUUCUCUCUCAUGUGAAUAGAGAGGAAACACAACCAGACACCUUUAUUAAGGGAACACAAUGUUGUCAAGAACAAAAUGAUACCAGAAGUGGAUUUCAAAGAGUAUUUGGAACCAUAAGGAGAAAUAACUUUGUUGGAAAUAAUAAGACGGCAUAUGAAAAAGCAAUACAAAUAAAUCAUUAUCAUCUUUAUCAUCAAAACAAAGACGUAGCAUCACUAGUGGGUUCUGAAGAAAGCGAUUCUAUAGCUUUAACAGGGAAAACAGAAACAGAAACGGGAGAAAUGCAAUACAGGCCAAGUGAGAGUGUACGCCUGGAGCAUUCACGUUUGUAUUACUCUGGUGCCACUCUUAUUGAAGGAGGUAUUGCUCUUGAUGCCACUAGUCGAGUGGUAAUGUCUCGUUCAUCAAUAUUUAUGGAUUUAUUUCAUUUCUUAAAAGAAAAAAGUGUGUGUAUUUCGGACUUAUUCUUUGGUUCAAGACAACAACAAUAUCCACAACAACAACAACAACGCGAAUGA